CAAACGUUUCCGGUUUUUUCCGUGACCGCUGUAUCAACUGAUAAUUUUCUCACGCAUUAUGUGAAAGUUAGAUAAGACACGUUGUUUACUGGCAUAUUGCUUGCUUUAUAUCGUUUAUUUACAUGCUUGUGGUUGAAUGAAGACAAUGAAUGACAGCCGUGUUUGAGGAAAAGCCCUAAACUGUCCGUGACAGUGUUUUCAUAAAUAUUACCCUCAUAGACUUAUAGCACCGAGUUGUGACGGAAAUGGCCCAAAGCAGGUUAAAAGAUGAUGAAGUCGACACCCGACGUUCUUGUUGGGUUUGUUUUGCCACUGAUGAUGAUGAUCGUGAUGCUGCAUGGGUGCGUCCCGUGUCGGUGUAAAGGAACGACAAAAUGGGUCCAUCAGAAUUGCCUGCAGCGAUGGAUAGAUGAGAAACAAAAGGGAAAUAGCACAGCCAAAGUAGCCUGCCCACAAUGCAAUACUGAAUACAUGAUCAUAUUUCCCAAAUUAGGUCCAAUUGUGUACAUAAUGGAUAUAGCAGACAAGAUCAUCUACAAGAUGUGUCCCUUUGUGGCAGGUGGAAUUUUUAUUGGUUCAGUUUAUUGGACCGCAGUCACGUACGGUGCAGUCACCGUCAUGCAGGUGCUAGGGCACAAGGAGGGACUGAAUGUGAUGGAGAGAGCAGAUCCACUGUUCCUCCUUAUUGGAUUACCCACAAUCCCUGUGAUGCUCAUCCUGGGAAAGAUGGUGCGUUGGGAAGACUAUGUGCUCCGGCUGUGGAGAAAGCACUCCUCAAAACUGCCCCUCCUCAACUACCUGUUUCCUGAUGAGUAUUCCCGACUGACGCGUGUCCCAGCAGAGACCGUGCCGCUGUCUGACCCCAUCUCCGCAACACGGGUACUGUGUGGAGCCCUGAUCAUGCCCACAAUUGCCACCAUCGUUGGCAAACUUAUGUUUGGGUCGGUGGAGUCUAACUUCCAGAGGACUCUACUGGGUGGUAUAGCAUUUAUCGCCAUUAAGGGUGUACUCAAGAUUUACUACAAGCAGCAGCAGUAUCUUCGGCAGGCAAACCGCAUCAUCCUGGAUUUCCCUGAAGAAACAACAUGUGCAGCUCAGACGCCUCCACAGUGAGGCCAGCUCCAAACGGAGCCAAACAGAAGCUCCAUGGGACACUGGAGCCAAUCAAGUGAACUUUGUGUGGAGGGAUACAGGGACGAUGUGGAUAUUUAACAUAUGAUGUAUAUUUGUAAAUAAUAAUCAUCAGGGACUGAUCAAGUCACAGACAUCCUCAAGAUUGAACUUAAUGGACACAGAGAUGGACUUCCGUGAACAGACAUGCAGACAUGUGUUUUGUGUGAACCCAUGAUUUAGGUACUUUUCUGUCCUUUAUGACACACAGACACAUAGGCACACUUCAGACACUAAGACACAGAUGUCAGGAUAGACAGAUACCCAUAUUUAAUUGUCCCAACUGACAUCCACACACACAACAAGAGGUGGACUCAUGGACAGUGAGUGGUGCCAUGGCAGGAUCCAUUCAUGAUCCAUAGUUAUAUCCAUGGAUGAUCCGCAGGAGAAUCCUAUCAUGAUCCAUAGUUUGAUCCAGGUAUGAUCCGCAGCAGGAUCCAGUCUUGAUCCAUAGUUUGAUCCAGGGAUGAUCCACAGCAGGAUCCAUAGUUUGAUCCAGGGAUGAUCCACAGCAGGAUCCAGUCAUGAUCCAUAGUUUGAUCCAGUCAUGAUCCAUAGUUUGAUCCAGGGAUGAUCCACAGCAGGAUCCAGUCAUGAUCCAUAGUUUGAUCCAGGGAUGAUCCACAGCAGGAUCCAGUCAUGAUCCAUAGUUUGAUCCUGGGAUGAUCCACAGCAGGAUCCAGUCAUGAUCCAUAGAUUUGAUCCAGGGAUGAUCCACAGCAGGAUCCAGUCAUGAUCCAUAGUUUGAUCCUGGGAUGAUCCACAGCAGGAUCCAGUCAUGAUCCAUAGUUUGAUCCUGGGAUGAUCCACAGCAGGAUCCAGUCAUGAUCCAUAGUUUGAUCCAGGGAUGAUCCACAGCAGGAUCCAGUCAUGAUCCAUAGUUUGAUCCAGGGAUGAUCCGCAGCAGGAUCCAGUCAUGAUCCAUAGUUUGAUCCAGGGAUGAUCCGUAGCAUUAUCCUGGGUGGCAGGACUUCUUCUUUUGAACAGUUUCUAUAUUUGUCAAUGAAUGCUGCAAAUUUUGUGUUCUAAUUCCCCCGUUUAAUAUUGUUAGAUUUAAAUAGAUAUAUGUGCAUAUAUAUAUAGGUACACAUCAGUAGAAAGAUAUACAGAGCUUGUAAAAAGGGACUGCCACACACACAAGAAAAGGAAUUACUCAGACUGAGGCGCGCGCGUGCGCACACACACACAUAUGAUCAGACAUGCACAGACACACACAGACAUGAUCAGCCAGUCAUACAUAUCAGUCAUUAGUUAUAAAUACAGAAUCAAACACAAACAUUCAAAGGCUGACAUAUUGUGAUAUGCUGGACAGUAUUCCUCCCUAUGUGAUCCUGGGGCAACAGAGAAGGUGGAGUCAGUAGUCCUAACUGUGAGAUGAUUGUGUAAUCUGUCACCAUCCAUUGUAUGACAAAUAAAACAUUGUGGCAGUUUAAACAGCCAUUUACAAAGAAA